AUCCCAUUAGCUUACAAACAAACCAACACCCAGCAGCUGUCAAUAGAUUUAUAUUGUAAAUUUGAUUUUAUUGCCAAACGAAAAUUACUUUCCAAAGUUUAAUUGCCAAUUUUGAUCAUUUAUGUUAAAGUGCUUUAAAUUUAAUCCAAUGUUUAAAAUACCUUUAAAUUCUGAGUGUGUUAUUUAAGUUUAAUUUUCUUCUUGUUCCAAGAUCUAUGUUGUAGUUAUUUCAUUAUGAAGAUUUGCUUCGUUUGGUUACUAAUUGUCACUUUUCAUCUCUGGUUAUCUACAAUUUUGUGCCAACAAGAGCCAACAAUAUCAUUUAUUAGUAAAGAAAAAAUUGUCGAUUUAGGUGAAACAGUUGAACUUAUUUGUGACACAGUUUUUACUAGCGGAUAUGCUGUUCAAUGGAUUAAAUUGGAUAACCCACCUUCAAUCCUUUCAUCUGGAUCUACCAUACAAUUUCCAGAUAAUCGUAUUGGAAUUAGUGUUGAAAAAGAUCGCUUCAAAUUGAAGAUCAGAGAUGUUAGAGAAGUAGAUAAUGGCGAAUAUAUGUGUCAAAUAACAAGUUCAUCGUCGGUUCCCAUCGCGAAAGCAUCAGUUAACCUGACUGUUCGUAUUCCUCCAGUCAUCAGCGAUGAUAGCACUCGACAUGUAAUUACAUCUGUUGGUACUCCUGUUGUAAAACUAAAGUGUUCCGCUGAUGGUCAUCCUAAACCUAGAAUCUCAUGGCGUCGUGAUGGUAAUAAAGAGUUAACAGGUUAUGGAGCCCAUUUUAUUGGAUCUGAAUUGACUUUAACCAACAUCACGAUCAACCAUCAAGGAACUUAUUACUGCAUUGCUGACAAUGGUGUUGCUCGAGGUGAUCGUAGAGCCAUAUCAAUUGAAGUUGAAUUUCCUCCGCUCAUUACUGUACCAAAAGAAAGAGUCAGUCAAGCUCUGAAGCAUAAUCAAUUGCUUGUUUGUAAAGUUCGAGCCUUCCCAUUGGCAUCAAUUUCUUGGUACAAAGAAGGCGACAAUUACCAAGAAGCACUUUCAAACAACAGAAAUUAUAACAUAUCAAUUUUUCAAACAAACAAUGAAUUUGAAUUCACAACUAUUUUGCGAGUUCAAAACAUUGAAAAGAGGAAUUAUGAUCGUUAUUAUUGUCAAGCUUCUAAUAAACUUGGAACGAGCAAAGGAAUCAUUGAAUUGGAGGAAACACAGAACGUUAUCUGUCCACCUGAUUGUUCAUCUCAAUACCAAGCUUAUGGAAGUGACUCUUCAAUCCUUAAAUUUCAACCAAGUGCCUUAAUUUAUAAUAUUAUCAUCUUAAUUUUUGCCAAUUUAUUUUGUACUUUUGCAUAAUUUCACUUUGCAUGUUAUUUUUGCAUUUAUCAUUGACGAAUGAUCUGAAACAAUUUCCGUCCAAUCAUGAAACAUUCAAUUUGACAUUCCUCAUUAUGUUAUUGUCGAAUAGGAUUUCAGAAUUAACAGUUCCUCUGUAAUUCCGAACAACUUUUUAAACCCAAACUUAUUAUUCUAUUAUUGAAGAAUGAUCUGAAACAAUUUCCGUCCAAUCAUGUAACAUUCAAUUUGAUUCAACAGUAUUUCAAAUCAUUCCUCAUCCAAAUCAUGUCAAAUCACACAACUCACAUAGCCUUUUGCUAGCCAUUCCAUUUCACUGCUCAAUAAAAACACUAAAUUACUGAGCAAUAACAAUAAUUCUCACUUUUGAUUGUCAAUUUACAGCUAUCAAAUUUGAUCACAACGAAAUAAAGUUAAAUGUCAAAUGGUAA